AUGAGGUUGUUGAUUUCACUGUUUGUUUCUUUCAUCUGCUUGUGCAAUUUCAAUAUUGCAUGGGCUGUUGGAUAUAUUUUAUACUGUCCAUGCAUGGGAAGAUUUGGAAAUCAAAUGGAGCAUUUUCUUGGAGUGUUGGCAUUUGCGAAGUCUCUUAACAGGACUUUAGUUUUACCGCCAUUUGUGGAAUAUCAUGCUCGUGAAAAACAUGCUGUUAUGGUUGACUUUGAUAAAUAUUUUCUGAUUGGACCAUUGCGAGAGUUUCAUGAUGUUAUUGUUAUGCGCGAAUUUGUCAAACAAAUCGCUCCUGAUAUGUGGUCAUUAGAUAAGAGAAAAGCGUUUUGUUGGCAACCACGAAAGAGCAUUUAUGAUCCAAAAAAGCCUCUUGGUUGCCAUGCCAAAGAAGGAAAUCCAUCUGGUCCAUUCUGGGAUUACUCAAACAUAAAUUUCACUGGUGAUGUUUAUUACGCUACUAAAUUUGCUGAAGCUCAUGCUAUUUCUUCUCCAACUACUCCCAAAAUAUGGAAUUCAAAGCAAGUAUUCCCUGUCGAGAAAUAUCCUGUUCUAGCGUUCGUUUCGGCACCUGCAGCAUUCCCUGCAUUGAAUGAGCAUCACAAACUCCAUAAAUAUCUACGGUGGUCAGACUCAGUUGUAGCGGAGGCCAACAAAUAUAUUAUUGAAACACUCGAAAGACCAUUCAUUGGCAUACAUUUAAGAAAUGAUCUUGAUUGGGAGAAUGUAUGCCGUUUGAUACAAGAGAAUCAGAUCGAAGAACUGUUUGGGUCAGCAGUUUGUACUAGUGGUGGUAACAAAUUAACGAGAGAAAUGUGUCUUCCGUCAUUGAACACAAUCAUUGAAGAUACUACACAAAUGGCAUCAAGGAUUAGAGCGAAGUCCGUUUUCAUAUCAAGUGACCGGAACCAUUUCAUCAGAGAAUUGAAUGAAGCACUCGCUCCUCUUAAGGCAUCAAUUAGAGCACAUCGUCGAUAUCCAGAGAACUUACAUACGAACUUGGCUAUUCUUUCUUUAGCAGACUAUUUCGUAGGUAACUGUGUAUCUACUUUAAGCUCAUUCAUUUAUCGACAAAGAAUAUAUGCUGCCGAUAUCUCCAGACCUUCUUCAUUUUUUGCUCAAAAAAUACCCAUAAAUAACAAAGAUGAACUAUAA